GCCCACUUGCCCACUCCCCAUCCACCGCCCCCAGAGCUAGCACGUUUUGGCACCUUGCAGCUUUUCCGACCCGCCCGCUCUCAUAAGUUCAUUUAAGAUCAUACCAGUGCCCCCCAUCCCCCCCAAAACGGUCUUUCUUUUGAAAUUCUACCGCACCAGUACCACCACCCGGCUUUUCUUCGACUCAAAGGCCGUUAUCAGUCUUGUUGUUGUUGUACGUCCUCGAUAUCACAACCAAAAAAAAAGACAACAACUACAACUACAAAUACAAAUACAACUCACACCAACCACCGCUACUACUACCACUACUAACUAGCACUCUGCACGAAUUAACAAAUUUCCAAAGGCGUGAAAAGGAAAAUUUUGGAAAAAAAAACAAAGGGAAUACUUAAUUUAUUCGGAAUUUCGUGACAAGCUGGCUAUCACGAUAUCCGGCUUGUCAGUAUAUUCGCCGUACUUCCUCGACAAACUGUUAUAGCAAGGAAGAGGCGGUGCCCACUUGGCUGGCGAUCACAUGCAACGCCCACAGUCAGCGGUGGAUUUUUCCAACCUGCUGAAUCCCGAAUCUACCACCACAACCAACGACAGUAAAUCGACUGUCGGACAGAAAGUGAAUUCGGACGGAGACGUGGAUAUGGCUACCGUUACUGUCAUCCGCCCGAACGGCCCUCUCCCCGGCGGUCAACCCGCUGAAAACACCAACGAAUUGCCACGACCGUAUAAGUGCCCCUUAUGUGACAAGGCCUUCCACCGAUUAGAGCACCAGACUAGGCAUAUAAGGACGCACACGGGUGAGAAGCCGCAUGCCUGCCAAUACCCCGGCUGCAGCAAGAAAUUCUCCCGCUCAGAUGAACUUACUCGUCACUCGAGGAUACAUAACAAUCCUAACUCGAGGCGAGGAAAUAAGUCGGGGCAGGCUGCGCAUCAUGGGUUAGGUCACGCAUUAACGCCGGACUCUAUGAUGCCUCCUCCCUCCAACCCACGCUCUAUCAAAUCAGCACCUAAUUCAACGCUGGUUUCCCCCAAUGUCUCGCCACCUCACUCUUAUUCUGCAUAUACCAUGCCGCACCCGGGCGCUCUUCAUCACUCGCACCCAGCCUCUCUUCAUCACUACGGCCGAAAUAUGAGUAGCAACGGUCCGCUUCACGUCCACAGCACGGACAUAGGCAUAUUAGCUAAUGCCACGAACCAGAUUGAGCGUGAGCAUAUGGGUGUUCAUCACCACUCGGCAAGAUCUCACCCCUAUUAUUCUAAUAGCCUCCACAGCUCGCGUGGUCAUCUCCCUUCUCUCUCUGCCUACCAUAUGUCGAGGUCUCAGUCGCACGACGACCAUGACGACCACUACCACGCUCUUCGGCAUGCUAAGCGGUCGAGACCAAACUCACCCAACUCUACCGCACCCUCAUCUCCAACUUUCUCCCAUGAUUCUCUCUCCCCCACGCCGGAUCAUACACCACUAGCAACCCCAGCUCAUUCGCCGCGCCUUCGGCCGUACGCUGGUAUUGAGCUUCCAACUCUACGUAAUCUGACCCUGGGACACACUCCGGCGUUGGCACCGAUGGAGCCGCAUCUCGAAGGCCCUUACACACCUACCUCGCAACCAACUACCAAUAGUCAUCGGCCCAGUGGUUUGUCCCUGACGGAUAUUAUUAGCCGACCCGACAGCAGUAGAAAGCUUCCUGUUCCCCAGGUGCCAAAAGUCGCAGUGCACGAUCUUCUAUCUAACGAUGGGUAUAAUACCAGCGGCCGCAGUUCAGCAAGCGGUAGUUUAGCCGGCGGCGAUCUCAUGGAUCGAAUGUAGGCCUGUCAAUUCAAAAUAUUGUUACUAUCAUUGCGGCAUGAAUCACGACUUUAAUUAUAGAGGUUAACAUAGACAAGAGGUGGCGUUCUCAUGGCGACAAAUUUUGAUUUCGAAAGUAGCAAUUGCUACUUCGCUUGUUUUAAUUGCACUACCUUCGCGGUAGUAAUCCAAGCAGUUUCACAACGGACGGACGGCGGAUUCACAAUUGGGGUUACCGUGUUUUCUGGUGGAUUCACGAGCUUAUAGAAU